CAACCGAGGGAAGUCACGUUUGAGAGGGUUUGAUGCCGGAAUAGUAUCCAAUCAUCCGCUCCAGAUUCAAACCUACGAAAUGCCUAUCCACCGGAAAUCAAUACAUGGAACACACUGUGAUGGUAGUAGCUCGCCAUUAGUAACUAGCAGCUUCGUGGUUCAAGCAAAGGACAACUACAGUGUACCAAGAUAUUAUUCCGGUCUUCCCUGUACUCACGCCGUGGUGUACAUACCUACAGUACUCCAUACCAAGCAUGCUAGAUGAAGGAAGUGGAAAAGAAAAUG